AUGUUCGCCAAAAGGCUCGGUGAGAAAUUGAAGAGCCAAGGCAUUCGUGUCUUUAGUAUUGAUCCUGGCUCCGUCAACACUGGAUUGCAGAGACAUUGCCCUCCACAUUUCUUGGAAAUGGUCAAGGAGUUGGAGAAGCCCGGCUCUCUUGUGGAUGCGGACGGAAACAAGUUUGAUAUGCAACCGUGGGCAACCCGGUCGGAAGGAGCGGCGAACAUGAUCACAGGAAUGAUUGAUACUACCAUCUCAGUUGACUACAACGGAUCCUUCUUGAGCCAAAAUGCCGUGGCAAAUGACCACAUGCACUCUCAUGUUCGGAAUGAGCAGAACAUCACGCGUCUUUGGGAUAUCAGUGAAGAGAUGAUUGGGGAAAAGUACGACAUUUAG